AUGCUGCGGGCAACAUAUCAGAAGAAUUUGGCUACAACCUUAUCUUCAUUGAUGAUGAUCCAUAAGGGUUUGGAGGUAUAUUCGGAUGAUAUGGUGAUUGCAUUGGACAAAAACACAACAAAAACACAAGAAGAACAUACGAAGAUGUUGGAAAAGUUCUUCGCGCGGGUCAAGCAGUACAAUUUAAGACUCAAUCCCAAAAAGUGCGUAUUUGGAGUCAUGAAGGGGAAGUUGUUAGGUUUUAUUGUAGGACCUAAUGGGAUUGAGGUUAACCCAAAUAAAAUAAAAGCCAUUCAAGAUAUGGAACCGCCUAAAACAGAACGUCAGUUGCUUAGAAAGAACCAGCCCGUCAGAUGGAAUGAGGAUUGUCAGAAGGCCUUUGAUCAUAUAAAGAAGUACUUAAUGAAUUCACUAGUGUUGAACUCUCCUAGACUGGGGGAACCUUUGAUUCUGUACUUGUCUAUAGAGGAUGCAGGAGUGGGAGCUAUGUUGGUGUUCAUCUUUUUGCUUUCUAAAAUUGAUCCCUAUGGAAGUCAUCUUCAUGACAGACACGCUACUCUAGAAAGGACGCUGUCCAAAUGGUUAACUCUCAGAUGUCUAAGUGUAGAUUGCGGAGUUCGUCAACGCAAGACAGCCACGGUUUCAGAAGCGUCACGGUUGUCUGCCAGAGUUCCUGGCCCUGAGCCACAUCCCAUUGCCAGAUGCAUGAACCAUGGGAAGCCUGGUGGAAUUAUCCAGAGUAACACUUGCCAUGCCCGUUCGAAACAAGGCUCUGGAAAACUGUUACCUUUUAAUGCGAUUACGCCAAUUAAAAUGGAGCUGGAGUUGGUAUUGCUGAUAGACAGAAGCACCCCAAUGGCCGAGUUGACAACAAUGUGCAAAAGACUGUUGGCAACAGUUGAGGAAGAUAGGCUUGAAAGAUGGAAAGUUGAGGAAGAUAGGCUGAAGCCCUAUGUGGAGUACCUGUUAAAGAAAGCCGUACUCUUUGACAAGAUCACUUUUACUCACAUAGGAAGAACUCAUAACAGAAUUCCUGAUGCUUUGGCAAACCUAGCAUCAGCAUGGCAGGAUUUGAGUAAGGUUGAGUUAGAGGAAGAACAUUGGUUUACGGAUAUUUUACGGUACAUGAAGGAUGGAACCUUUUCUAAUGAUGCCACAAAAGAAGACCGAUCGGUUCUAAGAAAAAUGGCUUUGAAUUAUGUCCUAGCCGAUGGUGAACUAUAUAGGAGAGCCUGGGAUGGAAUGCUCUAUCAUAGGAGAGCCCUGGCGAUGGACAUGCUUUCUAGAGAUUUGCUAAAGGGCCAAGAGCAGGGAAGGAGAAAGAACGAUAACUGCAAGCAAGAUCUCAUGAGGCGAGUCUGUCGCGUACUACAUUUGAGUGGCAUGAGUUUGGCCAGAAAGAUUAUGAGCGAAGGCUACUUUUUGGGUGCCAGAUGGACCAGGUGA